AUGCCUAACAGCGGAAAGAAACGCCGUCUAAAGUUCAUCUCGCUAGAGUUAAAAGAACGAAUCUUAGAUCGUCUUAAAAAGGGAGAAAGGGUAAGGCACGUUGCGACAGACUUAGGUUUAAACGAGGCGACGAUCAGAUGUAUACAGAAAAAUGAAGAAACGAUUAGAUCGUCUAUUGCCGCGAGUUCUUCCACGUCCGCGAUUAAGACAGCUCGUUCUAGAGCCCCGAUCCUCGAGAAGAUGGAGAAAGCGCUGAUCGAUUGGAUCGACGAGAGCUCGAAAGAGCGAACUAAACCCGACAGCAACGAUCUCAAACUUAAAGCUAUGCAAAUUUACAAACAUCUGAUAGAAACCGGUGAAUCUCCUCUGAUCCCUGAAUUUGACGCGAACAAGGACUGGUUCUAUCGUUUCAAGAAACGUUUCUCCCUGAAGAACAUGAGAAGACCAAGGAAAAGUACGUCGAUCGACACCGAAGCUGCCAAAGCGUAUCCAGAGGAAUUGCAAAGAAUCAUCGCACAACGUGGAUACUCGGCUCGUCAAGUCUUCAACGCCGCUAAAACAACUUUCUGCUGGAAGAAACUGCCGAAAAUCACGUUUAUCACGAACGAAGGGAAGAAAGUCACUCGAAGUUUCAGCGUAUCGAGCGACCGUGUAACUCUGCUAAUGUGCAGCAACGCAACAGGCGAUCACAUCGUGAAACCAAUGCUAGUUUACAAGCACUUGAAUCCUCAUGCGAUGAGAAACAUGAAUAAAAACGCAUUAUCGGUCUACUGGACCGCGAGUAAAACUGCUCGCGUGACAGCUGAUCUGUUCGAGAAAUGGUUUCUAAACUAUUUCGUUCCAAGCGUGGAGAGUUACUUGAAAGAGGAGAAUCUCGAUUUCAAAGUUCUGCUGAUACUAGACGGCGCACCGAGUUAUCCGCGAGAUUUGAAUCAUCCAAUCGUGGAAGUAACAUUUCUACCACCGAAAACAGCCUCCUUGAUUCAGCCGUUGAAUCAAGGAGUUAUAUCCACAUUUAAGACAUACUUCAUCGAGGGAUUGUUGGAGUGGGUCUUGGUAGCGGAUCACGACGAAGACGUCGAAGCGAUGAAGGCGUGGAGACUUCUCUCGAUGUUAGACUGCUUGGAGAUCGUCUCUUCGUCUGUUGACAAGUUACGACCAUCGACUUUGAACGCUGGUUGGAGGAACAUAUGGCCGGAGUCGGUUCAAUGCGAAAACCUGAUCGAGCCGGUGGAAUGCAGGAUCGACUACAUAAUGGACCAUGCUAAGAUCAUAGGAGGGAAAGCUUUCGUUCACAUGAAUCGUGAGGAUAUUGAGGAAUUAUUGGUGGACGAAGAGGGCGACGAGGUAGAUUUGGUGAAAGUGAAAUCUGAGAUAGAGAAGACGAAUUCGGAGGAGGUUAGUGCCGGCGUGGACUUGGAAAUUGAGAAUUUUCUGAAAAGUAUAGAGAAAGGUAUAAAUUUGGCGGAACAGUUGGAGUCCCAUUUUGUGAAUACGGAUACUUGUGUUGAGAGAAGUAGAAGAUUCAGGGAAGGACUUCAGAAGUGUUUGGUUCCGUAUUAUAAACUUUGUAGAGAACUGUCGAGAAAGCGUAAACGAAAGGUGGAGCAUGGAAAUGAAGAUGCUGCGGAAGAAAGUUCGGAUCAGGAGAAACGUUCUCUUAUUAUGCUCAGUAGUGACGAAGAAACCCAGAAUUAG